AUGCUGAGCAGCGGCUGCUCGUCCCCGUGCGAGGUGUCGUGUCCCCAGCCCUACGCGGACGCCUGGAGCCAGCCCUGUGUCACCUCGUGCGGGGACUCGCGGGCCGUGGUCUACCCUCCUCCCGUGGUCAUCACCUUCCCGGGGCCCAUCCUCAGCUCCUGCCCCCAGGAGAGCAUCGUGGGCACCUCCUUCCCGUCGGGGGCCAUGGGAUCUUCGGGAUCCGGGGGCGCCAUCGGGGGGCCCUAUGGAGGGGGCGGCAGCUCCACGGGGGGAAUUGGGGGAUCCUCCGGGGGCGAACGACCCAACUCCUUGGCGCUGAAAUUUCGGAUGUUUCAUCCCACCCCUCGCUUUCACAACCCCAAUUACUUAAACAAUUACCGCCCAAUUAUCAUAAACCCGUGA